UGGUCUCGUGUAAACACUCGAAAUUGGAUCUUUUGUGGUUUCUUAUUCGCAACCCUAAUGUCAAAGGUUCAUCGAUAUCGACAAAACAGGUUGUUUGCGUUAGCAGAGCAGAGCUCCAAAUGACAUGAUCGUUUUGCACAAGCUGAGAAUUGAAAAGAAAUAGAAGAGAAGAACCUUCUGGACGAGGCCUGGGAGAACAGAAACCUUGUGGAGAAACUUUAGAAAUAAAGCGAAAGCGAAGUGAAUUUGGCACCUUUUCACGUUUGUUGUCACGGAAAACAAUGUAUGGUUGUUGUCAGGUUAUCAACGCUCCUGUCCCAAGAAGUGUGAGUAUUCCGUAUCGUGAAAGACAUCCGCAUUUGAGCGAUGCCAGAGUUUUAGAAUGAGCAUGGGUUCGAAAGGAAAAAAUUCAGCAAAUAAUACUGCAUUUCCACGCAUCUCCUCAAUACACAGUGAAAUUGACUCACUUUAUGAUGUCAUAGUUGUGGGGUCCGGGUAUGGUGCUUCCAUUGCAGCAAGCCGUUGUGCACGUGCUGGACAAAGAGUUUGUGUCUUGGAACGAGGGCGAGAAUGGCUACCUGGAGAUUUUCCAGAAACAUUUAAUGAAGCAAGAAAACACUUUCAAAUCAAUCAUGAAGGAAAACCACAUGUCAUAGGUGAUCCAACAGAUUUGUUUGAGGUGGUUGUCAGCAAGGAUAUUACUGUAGUUCAGGGUUGUGGUCUUGGUGGGACAUCAUUGAUUAAUGCAAAUGUUGCAUUGGAUGCUGAUCCAAGGGUUUUUGAGGAUGAAAGGUGGCCACUGGAGAUAAAAAAUGAUAUGAAAGGCAUGAUGGAUAUUGACCGUAAACAUGUAAAUGAGAUGCUGUUGCCAACUGAAUACCCUGAUAGUCUGCCAAAGCUAAAGAAGUUUGAGGCAAUGGAGAAAGCAGCUAAAAGUCUUGGACUUGUUGACAUUGAAGAUAUUGGAAAGAUUUUCAGAAAGACACCACUAUUCGUUAACUUUGAAAAAGAAAAAUCAAAUGCAAGGCAGCACAGGUUCAACCAGCCAGCUUGCAACGGCUGUGGAAACUGCUGCAGUGGGUGCAAUACUGGUGCGAAGAACACACUGAAUAUGAAUUACUUGCCAGAUGCCAGGGCACAUGGUGCUGAGAUUUUCACUGAGGUGUCUGUAGUAUCAGUUGAAAGGGACCCGUAUGCCUCACUCUGGAAAGUCUUUUAUAAACGUCAAGUUGAUCAUAAAGGCUUCAACCAAGCGGAACAAGUUGUCCGUGCAAGCUACGUUAUUCUUGGAGCAGGCUCCAUUGGAUCUACCAAAAUAUUGCUGAAAUCAAAAGAACGGGGGCUAGAGAUAUCAGAAAAGGUUGGUUCAAGAUUUACAGGGAAUGGUGACGCUCUUGGGUUUUCUUACCAUGGCAACGAAGAGGUGAAUUCGAUUGGAUUGGAAACGGGUGAUUUUGAUGAUUUCACUGAAGAAUGUCCCGGACCAGCCAUUACCUCAGUCAUCGAUUUCAGAUCACUUCCUGGAGUUUCAUGCAAAGAUGGCAUAAUUAUCGAAGACGGAACUCCACCUGGUGCGUCAGAGACUAUUCUCAAGAUAGCAUUGUCGUUUGCUAGCAAGACGCUUGGUGUUAAGACUUUCCCUGCUUCGAAGAAGUUUGAGAAAUUUAUUGAGAGAUUAAAAGACGAAGAAAUCAAGAAAACCCUAUCUUUUCUGUGCAUGAGUCACGAUGACUCGGCUGGAAUUGUCAAGCUGGAUCCAAAAUCUGGUGGUGCGUAUGUUCAUUGGGAAGAUGUUGGGCAUCAAAAGAUAUUUGAAAGAAUAAACGAGCGCUUGCACCAAAUAACAACGGAGCUUGGUGGAACGUUUCUUGCCAACCCAGUGUGGAGCAAUCUUUUUGACAAACAGCUUAUUACUGUUCAUCCUUUGGGCGGAUGUCCUAUGGCUGAUGAUGGGGAAAAUGGUGUUGUCAAUCAUAAGGGACAGGUUUUUAUAGGGGAUUCUGACGAUGUUCACCCUGGCCUCUAUGUAAUGGAUGGUGCUAUUAUACCAACAUCGGUUGGGGUUAAUCCUGCGAUGACCAUUUCAAUCCUUGCUGAACGAUGCUGCAGAUUGCUUAUAGAAGAUGCUGAAUGGAAAAUUGACUACAACUCAGUUAAAGACUUCAGUACUAUCGCAAAUGCAGAUCAAAAACCAGGAAUUCGUUUCACUGAGAGAAUGUCUGGCCAGGUGACAGUAGAAGAGACGGGGGAACUGUCUAACUGCGAGUUUGUUGUGACAGUUGAGUCACAUGACAUUGAUCACAUGUUGUAUCAUGAUUCGAAUCACGAGGCCUCGAUUGUUGGGACUGUCACGUGUCCAGCUCUGUCAGAUGAACCACUUACAAUUUCUUCAGGUGUUUUCAACUUGUUUAUUGAAAGUACAUCGAUCGUCAAUGCUAAGGAAAUGCUGUAUAAGUUCAUCCUAACUUCGGAAGAGAAUAAACAAUAUCGCUUUUUUGGAAAGAAGAUUAUCAAAGCUGAUAAAGUUGGUGAAACUGGGUUGAGUGACACAACAACUUUGUUUAUUGAAAUCUUUCAAGGAAUAGAGGAAUCUGGCCCGUUGAUUGCAAGUGGAGUCUUAAAAAUCGGAUUUAAAGACUUUUCAAAACAACUAGAUACAAUGGAAAUUUUGAACACGGAAGGCAUACUCGAGAAGAUGAAGUGGAAAGUGAAGUUUGGUAAAUUCUUUGCCAAUGUCCUUUGGAAUACCUACAGUGGAAUAGCUGAAUGCAAAUACCUGGAUCCAAACGCUCCUCCAAGAAAGAAAAGGCCCUUAAAACUUGGUGAUGCCUACCCUGAAGUGUACAAAGUUACAACCGAUGAUAAUGUGGAACUGCGGAUAACGCGUUACAACGGUGGCGGAAAGGGGCCACUUGUGGCAUGCCAUGGAAUGGGAACAAACACAAUCCUUUUUACAUUGGACACGAUUCCAGUCAAUUUCCUUGAAUACUUUGUCGAAAGAGAAUAUGAUGUCUGGCUAUUUGAUACGAGGUUAUCAACGGCUUGUCCUUGGGUGUCUUCUUUGCACAAAUACAGCAUUGAUGAUAUUGGUCUCUAUGAUUUUCCUGCAGCUGUCGAUAAGGUGUUAGAAGUUACUAACGAGAAAUCCGUACAAAUCUUGGUGCAUUGUGUCUCAGCAGUUGGUUUUUGGAUAUCAUUACUGUCCGGAAAGGUGAAAGGUAAAAUCCGGACCGCAAUAAUCAGCCAGGCGGUUGCAAUACCAGAAGGAUCUUUUAUGAACCAAUUGAAGUCUAAAGCUCACCUUAGCCAAUUCCUUGAUAGCAUGGGUGUUAAGACGGUGUCUGCGUAUACGGACAAAGAGAAGAAAUCUAACGCAAUGAAUUGCUUUGCCAGGAAGAUAGCGAGAGCUUCGACAAGCAAAAAUGAGCAUUGCUCAAGCGAUGUAUGCCAUAGGAUAACGUUCUUCUAUGGCUUGAUUUACGAGCAUUCCAACUUCAAUGUCGAUACCCAUGAUAUACUACACGAGAUCUUUGGCACCGCUGCAGCUGGCUAUUUUCACCAUCUCUCAAAGUGCUUCAGGCGGCAGCGCAUCGUAGACAAAGACGGAAAUGACGCGUACAUACCUGGCCUCGACGAGUCUGGUUUUUGUACCUGUGAUCCAGCUGCAUUGGAGUGGGUGAAGAAUGUCGACGUUCCUAUUUAUUUGUUUAGCGGGAGCGAAAACGAAUCUUUCAACCUUCACAGUGUCAAGCGGAUGUAUGAAGCAUUGAAGAGGGUGAACCCCAAUCAGGAUUAUGGGAUGGAUGUCAUCCCAGGCUAUGGGCAUGUCGAUCAUUUUAUUGGGAAGAAUGCGUGCUAUGACGUAUGGCCUAACAUACUUCGAUUUUUAGACAAAUAUGCCGAAAACAACGUAGCAAAAAGCAAGAAGAUAGUCAAAGGUUUGAAAAAGGCGAUAAAAAAAAUGCACAUGGUUACACAAGGUCGCUCAGAAGCGAGCAAAGAGGCGAAAAAAAUUGAAUUUCCGACAGUGUCUGCAGAAAGGGAAGUACUGUCUUAUUCUAACCCGCUACCGGAAUCGGACGACUCUGACAGCGAGGCUAGCGACAACGACCUCGAGGAUGCAAGCCCCGAUGAAGUUCCUGCCUUACGCAGAAGACUCUCAAACAUCUUGCCUGAUGAAAAGGCUAUCAUUUGGCAAAGGAAGAAGAUUGUGAAAUGCUCAUAUCAAAGGCCUCCCGAAUAUCACCUCCCAACUAGUGAUCCAAACUCUUGUGAGAAGAUCGUGGUGAAAAAAGUAUUGAUGUCAGACGAAACUGAGAAGCGAGAAAUUUUUGUCCUGAGUGACAUGCAUUUAGGUGGUGAAUGGAGUAAAGAAACUGUUAAGAAGUUGGAGGAUUUUGUUGUGACGCUAGCUAAAAUAGCUGAGAGGUUUGUCCAUGCGAUAGUGUUACUAGGGGACGUCUUUGAGAUGUGGAUGACACCAAUCACAUGCAGUCCACCUUCAAAAAGUGAAAUGUUGGAAUACCUGAAGAAAAAUGAGAAAGUUGUAAUGGUAAUGAAAGCCAUUCAAAAGAUGGCUGAAGAUGAUGACGUCAGGGUCUAUUAUGUUCGAGGCAACCAUGAUAUUGAUAUUGAUGAAGAGAUGGUGAAAGAGUUGUUUGGUGAAAAGGUUGUAUUCAUUCCUGGAAAAUUGAUCUAUAUUAUCAACACAGGGUCUCAAGAGUACAGAAUUCGCUUUGAACAUGGUCAUGAUUACGAUUUGUUUAAUUGCACGGACCUCGCUCCGAUGGAAAGUCCGUUACAAGGGAGGCCAAUUGGUUACUAUGUUUCGAGGUGUGCUCAAUCGUCAAAAGAGACCUAUUUCAGUGAUACAGAAAUGGUCAUUCAAGAUUCACUUCGAUGGUUCUUAUCUAUAAUCCCAAACAAGAUUGUUGGAUCGACUAUUGCGGAAAUACUUAGCAAAGGAUUCUUUCAAAAGAAACUGCUCAACACAAUGUUUGAAAACGCUCUAGACUUGGAAAUUACAGAUGAUACAUGUAUCCUAAUGAAUGAUGAAAAAUGUGUUCGAAUCGUGGAUUUGAUUAAAUAUCCGUUUAUAAAGCUGGCAAUCAACAAGUAUGGCUCAUCUCGUGUGUUCAGCAUGCUGGAAGGUUCACUUGGCAACUUUGAAGAUUUUCUUUUGGAGAUGAGUGAAGAUGUUAUUGUUCUUGGCCAUACGCAUAUGUUUAGGAAUGCAAAGUUUCUUGGAAAACUUAAGAAUAUGUAUUACGUAAAUAGUGGCACAUGGAUUGACUUAUGCGAGCAUUUUUCAUAUGUGAAGAUAAUUCCCCCAAAGAAGAAUGAAGAUGGUCUCAUUCAGGUUGAAUAUCGCUCAAAUAAAUCCUGUGAUUCCAGCGAUUAAUAGCAUUUUUGAUUUACACGUCGUGGAAACGUCAUAACAAGCUCUCAUUACUAUGUGAAGUUAUAAAAACGGUAGAAAUUUAUAAUAUUUUAAUUGAUUAAUAUGCUUAGCAAGGGCGGAAUAAAUAUAUUUCAAUAGCAUAAUACAAUAUCUAUUAUAUUUAUUGAUAUAAUCUUUAUUGAGUAAUUUAUAGACAAUCAUGAGUCAUUUGUGAGUAGUUUCUAAAUGUUAUGUUCUAAACAGCAACAAGAUUUUCGAAUAGUUAUAUCAAUAUUGCGUGAAUAUUCUACCAAGACUACAGUCGACAGGUUUUACCAGGUCACAUGCUUCUCGUGAAGUUUUUAGAGUCAGACCUUUACUUCAAACGGUUUUUAUACCUAUAAGAGCUCUGAAAAAGUAGGUAGUUGUGAAAGUAGCAAAUAGAAUUCUAUUUUAUGAGGGAAAACUUACACACAGAAAAGAGUCUAGACUGUUCAAGGUUUCUUACAAGCUUGGAGGCUAUUUAAUAGAGGGUCAGCUUGAGUCUAUUCAAAAAAGGUUAUUUAAGCCACAUAGAUAGAUUUUUUCAUAGGACAUGGUAGCGGACAGAAUUUGAUGUUUCAAGGGAACCUUUCAGAAUGAUAUUUUACGAAAAUGAUAUAUUAAUUUUGUGCUUAAAUUAUUUUAUUAUUGUUGCUUGAUUUUAAUUAUCACUGCUUUCUGGAAUUGUUGAAUCACGUUCGUAAGUGUGAGGGGCAUGUAAACCAUUGCUUAAUCAUUUGAGGGACUGUCGGAAAAUGUACGCCAACCAGCAUUAAAAGCAACGAGCCCAGAUAAAAGAAACAGCAUCACUUGGGGAAUUUGAACUUUGUAUGAUAUUCCACGUGAUAAAUUAGGCUUGCUGGUCAUAUUUCGAACACAAACACGUACCUCUAUAGCUACUGUCUGCCUGACUCUCAUGACAUAGGUUAGCGAUUUGUUAGCACUUAGGCCAAGCGUAUAUGUGUCCCUUUUAUAUGGAAUCAUCGCCUUUAAACCAAUUAUUAUUAGUAAUAUUGAAACAAUAUUUAAGUAUUAGUAAUAGUAAAAUUAACAAACAUUACCAACAAAAACUAAUGUAGAAAUAAUAAAUUUACCAUUCAUGAAGUAUUAUUCACAUGUGCAGACUAAAAUGCCUAGAGUUGGAUUAAAGAUUCGACAAAGUUUACAGUUUCAUUUCUAAAUGGUAAAUCUUGAGCAUUGUAUGUUUACAGAUGGAUGGUAAAAUCGAAGAUAAUGAUUAUAUUUGGCAAAAUUUGAGCAUUGUAUGUAAGAAUGAAUGUAUUUUAACCCCCGAAUCGAAGUUGGUUUUCAGUGGUACUAGCAGGCUGAGAAGGAGCUUGACUAAAAUCGAAAUAUAACGGACAGGCCUCAUGAGAUCAUUUCAUUGCAUCAUUCUACAUUUGCUUUUGAUAUGGAAUAUGUUUGAUAAUGUUGCAUAAAGACAUAAAUUUUGCAAUACAGGCAUUGUAUAAUCAUUUUGAUCGUUGAAGUAUGCUCAGUACUGUUGUUACGUGGACUUCAAUUUAUAUAACUCACCAUUUUUAUAUUAUAUUUGUACUACAUUGACGUGAGAAGUAUUUGUGUUUUAGACAGUAUCCCAUUUUGCAAUAUAUAUCAUCCUUGUAACACGUAUGCAAGCCUUUUGUUUUUAAUCUACCACAGAAUUUCAUUUAAUAUAUGCACAUAUAGUCACCAGCGAGAUGCUUGGUCCCUUUUUCUUUUCUUUCACCGCCUGUGCGUGAAACUGAAAUACAAGCUUCGGUCGUAAGUGUAUGUGCGUGAGUGUGUCAUCGUGCCUCCGAUUUGAUUAUUACGACUUUCAUCCACCCAUUCAAGGCUGGAGUCUGCAUUUCUUUUACGGUGGAGCCUUGCCAGCAGAUUAGAGGCUUCAGGUAAAGAUUUCGAAUAGCCAUUAAAUUUAAAGACAUCGUUACAUGAAGAAAUCGGAACCGACGCAGGCAAACAUCAUUUCUAUUACUUCAGUCCACUA